AUGGAGACUGCCAACCACGAGACGCUGUCGUUCAGCGCGCACGCGUUCAAGAAGCUGUUCCCAGCAGAGUAUGCGCGCAAGUGUCUCGACAGCAACGUGCGGGUCGACGGACGCGCCAUUGGGGCCACGCGCGCUCUGCAGCUGCAGACGAACGUGAUCCAGACGGCCGCCAGCUCCAGUCUCGUCAAGCUCGGCAAGACGUCCGUACUGACGGCCAUUAAACUCGCAGUGGGCACUCCCGCCGUCGCUACGCCUGACCAGGGAGAAGUUGCCAUUCAGGUGCAUCUGUCGCCCAUGUGCUCGAACCGGUUCUCGGUCGGUCGACCGUCGGAAGAGGCUCAGAGCAUCGGUAGUCAGCUCACGCGGAUCGUCGUUGGCUCGCGCGUCGUGGAGAUGGAGGACCUGAGCAUUGUCAAGGGUCAGUCAGCCUGGAAACUCAUGGUAGAUGUGUUCUGUAUCGACCACGACGGCAACGUUCUCGACGCUGCGCUCACGUCGAUUGUGGCGGCGCUCAAGACGCUGAAGCUGCCGGCCACAUCGAUCAACGAAGACGAUCAUGUCGUCUCUAUCGUGCCAGAGGGAGACGCCAUGCCACUGCGUGUACAGUUUGGUGCGUACGCGACGUCGUUCGCGUUCGUGGACAAGACGGUCCUGAUCGAUCCCACGAGCGAAGAGGAAGAUCUCUCCAGUGCCGUGUUGAGCAUCGCAUACACGACCGCGGGACAGCUCUGUAGCGUGCAGAAAGCUGGCGGUACGAUCGUCGCAGCCACUGUGAUGCAGCGCUGCAUGCAGUUCGCAAAGCAAAACGCCAAUGCAGUGGCUACGCUCGUGGACGCGUCAACGUAG